CUUUGUUCACUGCUCAAGGCUCAAGCUUUGCUCAAUGCCUUUGAAUCAAUUUCUUUUCUCUAUCUCUCCCUGCCAUUCCAGAGCCAUUUCAGAGCCGUGCCGCCAGCAGCUUUGGUCUGGUGCAGACAGGGAGCAGUCGUCUACUUUGGCGUUCCUCCCUGAGACCUGGCUGCUGAUCUCAUGCGCUUGUGCUAGUUUGUCUUCAACACCGACUCCGGCAUUUGAAGGCGGGUUUGUUCAGAACUUGGGCUGCUCGGUCAGCGUUCCUUCUCGCAACCCGAGCUACCAGGGCUUUUCAGCAGGAAUUGCUACCACUUUAAUUGGACGCUGCCGCGCUAGAGUACCGUGUUCCCGGCGCUUGGGAUGGAUCGUUAUCAGAGAGUGGAGAAGCCACGGGUAGAGGAACCGAUUAAGGAGAAUGAGAUCAGGAUCACCACGCAGGGGAAGCUUCGCAACUACAUCACGUACAGUUUGACCAUGCUCCAGGAGAAAGGAGCCAGCGAGAUCGUCCUUAAGGCCAUGGGCCGUGCCAUCAACAAGACCGUGACAAUUGCUGAGAUCUUGAAGAGGCGUAUCGUUGGUCUGCACCAAAACACCGCCAUCGGCUCCACCGACAUCACAGACACGUGGCAGCCGUUGGAGGAGGGCUUGCAGCCGAUCGAGACGACCCGCCACGUUUCGAUGAUCACCAUCACGCUGUCGACCAAGGAGCUGGAUACGACGACCACAGGGUACCAGGCACCGCUUCCAGCCGACCAAGUGAAGCCCUGGAACGAAGCCGACAUGAACUCAGACGACGAGGGCAAGCCACGUGGCAGAGGACGUGGGCGCGGAAGGGGCCGGGGAGGCAGGGGAGGUAAUGGUGGCGGCGAAAACCAGGCCGAGGGUUACGUCCAAGACGGCGAGGAGGGCGCAACGCGCGGGCGUGGCCGGGGGCGCGGUCGGGGACGGGGUCGCGGCCGGGGGGGCGGCCGCGGACGGGGUUUCGACGGCUACGGGGGUCAGCCUCAGUACAUGGACCCACAGAACGGAGGGGGGGUUUACAUGAUGCCGCAGGGAGGGUAUGGAGGCGAGGGCAUGUAUAACCAAGAAGGAGGCUACCGCGGGAGGGGCAGGGGUCGAGGCAGAGGUGGAUAUGGCGGGCGUGGACGCGGUGGAGGCGGUGGAGGCGGUGGCGCUUACGGUGUCCUCCCUGUCCCUCAGCAAGCUGGAUACGGGAUGCCAAUGCAGUAGAGGUUGCUUGCAAUGACGUCAAUGAAGACCCACAAGCACAAAUCCAUGCAAGGUUGGUGUAGCUAGGCGGGGCACUCCAUACGUUUGUUGUGCACUCACGCGCGAGAUCAGCAGCCACCAUGUCGAUCAAGGGAGUCGUGUGUAGUCGUAGAUUGGGCGAACGUGGUGACGGUAAUGAGCCAGUGGUCAGAGCGUAUCUUAUGUAGAAGCUAGUCUAGUCUGGACAGACGUGGAGCACACGUGUUUCAGAAGGCCGCUGCCGCGGAACCUGUCGAACCAUUCAAAAUUAAGGAAACUGGCGCAAGUGAUUUGACUUUGUAGUCGUCAUCCCUGUACGUUUACAAUUGAAUCCCAAGGAUCAGAUUGAGGGGCGACGAUGCGGCAUGCAUUAUGGAUGGUAAGUCGGGUGCCCUCAACCGGAG